CGUUUUGUUUUCUCCCUCCCUUUCACACCCACCUGGAAGGAAAAACAGUAGUGUCACACCGAUUCCAGAAAUACAGACAAGAGAUUUAUUUUUUGUCAUGCCAUUUUCUUGUUGCUAUCAAUUUUUCGAUCAUGGAGGGUGAACAGGAAAAUAUCCCUCUGGAGCAAAUUGCUGGCAGGUUGCUUCAAGAUAAUUUCCUACUAACUGCUUUGGAAUUGCAUCUGGAAUUAAUCGAGGCCGGCAGAGAAUUGUCCACUUUGAAAGAAUUUUUCUCCAACCCUGCGAACUUUGAAAGGCAGACAUCACCGCCCUCUGCUACGUCUAUUGACUUUCCGUUUGGAUACACUCGAGCUCGCUCGCAAAGCCAAGCGACCCUUGAUUCCUUGGACAUAUCACGACUGUCUGAGGAUGGAACUGAUGAACGCAUUGCCGUGUUGGAAUUUGAGUUGCGAAAAGCAAAAGAGACCAUCAGUGGCUUAAGAACUUCUCUUACUCAAUUCUCCUCAGAGCGGGAAGUUCAUGUCACCAGCAGCAAAACAAACUCAAUCAGUAGCGAAGCAAUUCGCCCCCAUGAACAAAGGGCGCUAAAUUUUUUAGUGAAUGAAUAUUUACUUCGACAAGGCUACAAACUCACGGCUGUCACCUUCUCUGAUGAAAAUAACGAACAAGACUUUGAUGAUUGGGAUGACGUGGGUCUGAAUAUUCCAAGACCUCCUGAGCUACCUCAGUUGUACAGAGUUACCCACAAAGAAACUAAUGAAAUUGAGUGUCAAACUGAAGAAACAGUUUAUUUUGAAGAGGAAAUCACAAGACUGAAUACAAAAUGCAAUUAUCUCGAGCAAAAGUUGGAGGAAGCAAUAUCAAGAGAACAAUCAGAGCCAAAUAAAAUUUUAGACCUUGUAGAUGUUUCUACUGAUACCUCAGAUAUUCCAGUUUCAGAAAUUAAGACUGUUUCUUCUGGGCCACCAGCAAGAGUUGAAUCAAAAUUUGAAGAAGCAGCAGCCGAAGACGAAGAAGAGUUGAGAAAACUCCCUGAUCUAUUCCACUCCACCCUGCUGCGACUUCUCAGUAUUUCUCCCGACAGACCACGUCCUGUUGAAUCCCUCCUUCAUCUGCUGUUGGAAACUCUUCCAUCUGUUAUCUCAUCCAAGAAAGAAGAAUCGAUUCCACUUAUUCUGGCAGCCAUUCCCGAGGCCAAAAGUUCGGAUCAGUGCUCAGCCCUGAUCAGCCUUCUACUCAACAUAAGAAAAAAGCCUCAGGAACAGGAGCGAAUAGUAGUGGUGGAAGGGAUCAAACGCCUAGCCUCAGAUAGCGAGCUGCUGGAAGCUCACAUAUUGCCUCAGACGUGGGAGCUGGCUGGCUACAAGUCGAUGGAGCGGCGCCUGUUGGCCGCUGAAGUGUGCCUGGCAAUCGCCCCAACCGCCCCCGCACGCCUUCGUCAGGCGAUGGUGCUACCGGUGCUGCAGCAGUUGCUACUGGAGGCUGCUGAGCCUGAGGUUCGCGUCGCGGUCGUGCGAGCCCUGUCCUUGGUCGUCGCAUUCACUGCCCAGGAAGACAAAUAUCUGCAAUGUGAGGAGCUGUGCUUCUUGGCCAUUGAGGAUCAGGAUUCUGGUGUUCGCCAACUCGCUCAGCGGGUGCUCCUCCCUGUACUAGCUCAAUGGGCUCUGCAACUUGAUCGGUUAGAGUCGAGCUUGGUGAAGAGGCUGUUAUCCCGGCUGAAGGCUCUUGCUCAUGAUCCUCGUUGCGGACCGAUGAUUGGCGCCGUGGGCCAAAUUCUGCCUUUCAUCGUGAUCCGCUUGGCUUCACAUGAGGACGUGUUGGAUAGAAUGGAUCUGGAGCAAAUCAAGGAAAUCUCUGACAUUGGCUGUGACCUCAGCAAUCCACUCAUUUUCCUUGAGCCAAACAGCAACACAAACGCCAUGCUGCAAGCUUUGAAUCUGCGUCUCAGUGAUGACUCCUAUCAGCAUUGGCCGCAGAUGGACUGGGUCUUAUCUGCUUUCAUUCCGGGACUGUUUGAUGCCUUAUGCUCCGUUGAUGUUGGAAAUGAAGAUGCGCUGCUAGCCUACGUUAAAUUCUACCAUCAACUGAGCAAAGUCAUGGGAAAGCACUUCACGCUAAACAGAAUCAAACCAAUGUUCAAAGAAGGCCUUCGAAGUGCAGAAGAAUCUCUGUCGAAUCUCGACAAUAAUAGUGAACCUCAGACACCUCCAUCUUUAAUUUUGAUACCUGUUUUAUUGGUGGCUCUUUUAACCACUGGUGAUCCGAACGACACAAUGGAACUGUCAAACACACUCCGCCAUUUGCUCAUUUUGCUGCCUUCACUCAAGUUGCCUUUGGCUCCCUUAAAGGUGAGCAUAUUCCACUUGUGCCGAGCAAUAGCGCUUCAGGAAACCGUGCUGGCGUGCCUCAGCGAAGCGUCCAAGAACUCGAGGCCUGCUGUCAGACUGGCAGCCGCACAGCUCACCUUCCACAGUCUCAGCUGUUUACAUGAAAGUGCCUUGACUAAAUUCGUGCUUCCCCAACUGGCCAUGCUUGCCACUGACCUGAACGAAGAGGUGAAAGAAGUGGUUGUGGCAGCAUAUGCAGAGCUGGCCUCUCAGCCAGGAGUAGCCCAGGCAGAGAGCAGAACGACCUUGCAGCAACUCUCCAGAGAGGCACUGACCAGUCAUGUGAUGAGUGUGGCCGUCACAAAGGCCAUGACUCGCUUGCUGCCAACUUGUGAUCCAGCGUUUGCUGAGGAUGUGGUGCUGCCGCAGCUAUGCCAACUUGCUGCCUUUUGUCUGCACGGUGUGACAAGUCAGACGCGGCGGAUGGACCUUGGCCAGGCGUUGGUCGCUGCCCUAUCCACCGCCCUGCAGGUUCCUCUCAGCCGGCAAGCGAUGGCUGCCACUCUAGUACCUGCCUUGAGGGAUUUAAGCUCUGUGUGCGAGCAGUGCAUGCACGUCCACUCUGACGCGGUCAACAACUGGCUUCGAGAGGCGGAGGCGAGGGCCCAAAUUGAACCUGCUACACCGACAACACCCAAGACAGAGAAGCCGCACCUUGUGCAAUCUGCAAUGAAUUCAGGGAGGAAAAGUGUUGAAGAUGUGAAGCAACGGAUGUCGAGUUUGUUGAAAAAGAAGUAAGUUCGCUUUUAGCUUUUCAAAAAAAAAUAUCAUUCCAGUCUGGGAAUGCAAAUAAAACUUAAAUUUGGAGUGGAAAAACGUUUGUGAUACAUAGUACACACUUUGUUAAAUUUGGUUUUAAAUUAUUUUUGCACUUUGUGCUGGGAUAGAUGGCAUUAUUUUUGUUACUUAGCAAAUUCUUUGAAAUUCGUUCACGUUUCUAUAUUUUACUUAAGUGAUUAAUGCUAAGAAUGUUUCAAAUAAUGUGUAUUUUAUUAAUUAAUAUUAAAAUGAAUUACAAAAUA